AUGAAUUACACUGUUGAUGAUAAUAAUAAUAAUAAUCUAUUAUCUACAAAUUAUGUUCAAGAAAUAAACGAAUUCCCAUUUACUAUUAGUCAGGUUGGAUGUAUGUGUGAAGUACUGAUCAAGUCAAAUCAAAUUGUAUCCCUUCGUCAUCUGUUAAAUAGAAUACCAAAAAUAUGGUUAAUACCUGAGAAAAAUUUCACAUCGCAUUAUUAUCAACAAUCUAUCAAGCAAUCGGAAAUGUUAACAACUGAAAAAUUAUUUGAAUCACGUGAAUUAAUUCUCAUAGCUUUAGCAAUGAUAUCUUAUGAAGAUGGAAAUUAUACAUUAGUUUAUCAAUUAUUAGAAUAUAAUCAUUUUAAUGAAAGACAUCAAUCAAUACUUCAACAAUUAUGGUAUAAAACACAUUAUGCCGAAGUACAAAAGUCACGUGACCGACCAUUAACAGCUGUUGAUAAAUAUCGUAUACGUAGAAAAUAUCCUUUACCUGAAACAAUAUGGGAUGGUGAAGAGACAGUAUAUUGUUUUAAACAAAAUGUUCGACGUACAUUAACUGAGCAUUAUCAACAAAAUAAAUAUCCGAAUUCUGAAGAGAAAUAUAAAAUUUCUCUAAAGACUGGAUUAACUUUUACUCAGGUUAGUAACUGGUUUAAAAAUCAUAGACAACGUGAUAAAUCUUUAGAAUUAACUGAUGUACAUCCUCAGUUUAAAAAUAAAGAUCUUCAUAACACUGAAUUUAAUUGUUAUCAUUCCAGUCAAUUCAAUAAAUUCAGUAGCAAUAACAAUACAUUAAUUAAACAACAUGAACAAAGCAUAACAAGUGAAUUUUCAAUUGAAACAUAUCGAACAUGUAACAGUUAUCUAGCACCUUUUCAAUCAUUCAGUACUGAACACACACUGCCUGCUAACAACAAUAUAGAUAAGAAUCUUCUAAACUCUUCUCUAGAAAAUAAAAGAAAUUCAGAUUAUGAUCUAACAACCAUUUCCUAUCCAAUAUCCUCAUCAUCAUGUAAAAAUCCAAAUACAAUAUGGCUUCCACAAUGGACAAUUGAUCAAUUUAACAUUGAACACAAUAAAUAUAACUUUGAAAGAAAUUAUUAUAUGAAUAGUUUUGAUUACAAUCAGUAUUAUCCGUAUUUUACAUGA